AUGUUUUUUCGAUGAAUAAUUGAAUAUCUUUGAUUGAUAAUCAUUAUUUCGACGAAUUAAUCAAUCAAUCAUAAAACAUGACACUAUCCGAUUCGAUCAAUGAAUUUAAAUUGGACAAUGUUCCAAAUGAUUGUAUACAGAGUGUAAAAUUUGGUAAACAUUCAGAUCAAUUUUUACUAGCCGCUUCAUGGGAUUUAACAUUACGUUUAUAUGAUAUUUUCAAUAAAAAACUUUGCCUAAAAUUUGAUCAUCCAGCACCGGUUUUAGAUUGUGCUUUUCAGGAUUCGAAUCAUGCUUGGAGCGUCGGAUUUGAUCGAAAAGUGCGAAUGUUUGAUUUGCAAACAAAUGCCGAAACAAUUGUUGGCUUUCAUAAUUCACCGAUUAGAUGUUUAGAACAUUCUAUUGAUAAUAAUCUAAUGAUCACUGGUGGUUGGGAUUCACAACUUAAAUUAUGGGAUGGACGAUCACCGAAUGCAAUCGGAACAUAUAUCCAACCGGACCGUAUAUAUACUUUUGAUGUUUGUGGAAAUACUAUUGUCGUUGGUACUGCAGAACGUCGUGUACUCGUAUGGGAUCUAAAAAAUAUGUCUUAUCCACAACAACGACGAGAAUCGAGUCUAAAAUUUCAAACAAGAUUUAUUCGAUGUUUUAGUAACAAAGAAGGUUUUGUUCUUAGUUCGGUGGAAGGUCGUGUUGCCGUUGAAUAUCUGGAUCCUAGUCCAGAUAUACAGAAGAAAAAAUAUGCAUUCAAAUGUCAUCGAAAUAAAGAUACGGCCACUGGAUUGGAAUAUAUUUUUCCUGUUAAUUCAAUAAGUUUUCAUUCUGGUUACAAUACAUUCGCUACUGGUGGAUCAGAUGGUUUCGUUAAUAUUUGGGAUGGUUUCAACAAAAAACGUCUUUGUCAAUUUCAUAAAUAUCCAACAAGUAUUUCAUCAUUAUCAUUUUCACCGAAUGAUACAUAUUUAGCCAUUGCAUCAUCAAAUCUAGCUGAAACCAAUGAUAUUAAAGAUAUACCACCGGAUUCUAUUUUCAUAAGAAAAGUUUCCGAUCAAGAAACUAAACCAAAAUGAUUAAUCAGAUAUAUUUAACAUUUACUUUACAUGAACCUUAUAUACCAUUUUCAUUGUCAUAUUGACAUUUGAUUAAAAAAAAAUUCUUUUUUCUUUCA